AGGAGGGCAUGAGGAAGAGUGGAGGCAUUCAGUGGCGCCUAUUAAUGAAGAUAAAAUUUUGGAGGUUGUCAUACAAUAAGAUAACUGUUGAUUAUGCUGGAGCUUUAUUUUAUGCAAUGAUGAAGUAUGCUGUAGACAUGCCCCAUAGUUCAGCUGUUUUUUGUUGUAUGCUGGCUAAAGUUGUCGGGUAUUGUUGCCUUGUUCUCAAACUGAUUAAAUCAUUAAAUUCAUUUGUUCCAUGUUUUUGCUCCAGAUUGAAGUGAUUCUAAAGUUUGAAGAAAUGUGUUUGGAAUCUGCCAAGGAGUUUGCUCCGUUGUUCACAAAGAUUUUGCACUACCUGUAUAAUGAAGAUAUUGUAGAAGAAGAUGCUAUUUUGAGCUGGGGAGAUGAGAAAAAAUAUGCGGAUGAGUCGGAUAAAGUAUUCGUUAACCAAACCCAAAAACUAAAUCAAUGGCUAAAAGAGGCUCUUGAAGAAGACGAUGACGAGGAAGAGUAGAAAGAGUUUUGAGAUCAGAAAAUCAAUAUUUUUGUUCAGGUGCUGUUUACCAUCUUCGGAGCUUAUGAGGGAUUUUUGUGCAUUAAUCUAACCUUUGAAUUCAAGUGUGAUUCUCUUUUCACAUGGAAUCUUUGUUCUUUUUAGUUAGGAUUCAAAUUAGAAAAACACCAGUUUUCGGUCAUGUAUUUGUUUUAAUAAUUUCCUUAAAAGAGACAAAAAGA